GUGUUUACGUUUACAAUUUUUACUUUGAAAAGGUGGAAGUGUGGAUGUUACAGAGUCUAACCAACGACGCGCAGGUUAUCACGUAAGUGCAGACGAUUGAAAGACGUCCAGCAGCUGCGAACAGGUGGUUGCCCAGACAGACUUUUGAACCAUUUACCUGCUUGGAGGAACCAAGGGUAAAUUGCAGUCCAACAUGCUAGAGGAGUGAGGUCCAGCAGGGAUACUACCUUUACCUUCCCUUAUAUCUCUUCUCCUCUACGAAGCUGAGCAAAGGCAGCGGCCCAGACAGCAGCAGGAAAACACACUGUGACAAUCACAGGCAUGAUGGGAGUCCCUGUGCUCUGUGUUGUGGUGCUAGCAUUCAUCUGUCAGAGCCACAGCCUGGAAUUACAAAACCUCCUGUACGGGUCCAAAAGGUCUCAGGAAAAUGUCUUGUUGGAUUCCAACAACUGUGUGUCCAGGACUGAGCAGCAGCAGGUCCUCACAAACUCUCACAACUUUUCUGUGCAUAUUCGGAUGCCUGGUGUUACCCCAGAUGGGUCGGACACUUACCUGUGCAUGGCAUUUCCUGUGCCAACUAAUCAAGAUGCAUAUAUUGUGGACUUCAUACCUCAUGCCAGUAUGGACACAGUCCAUCACAUGCUCCUGUUUGGCUGUCAGACUCCUGUCUCCACCAGCAGCUACUGGGACUGUGGCAGUGUACAAGGCACUUGCGAGGAUGAAGCCUCCAUUAUGUAUGCCUGGGCUCGCAACGCACCUCCUACUAAAUUACCCAAAGAUGUUGGUUUUAAAGUUGGAAAAAAUUCAGGAAUGUCCUACUUUGUACUGCAGAUCCAUUAUGGAGAUGUCAGUUCUUUCAGAGACCAUCAUAGAGAUUGCUCAGGACUUACCUUAAGAAUGACAUCCAAGCCGCAGCCAUUCAUUGCUGGCAUAUACCUGCUCAUGUCUGUGGACACAGUUAUCCUUCCAGGAAAAAAAGUUACAAAUGCAGACAUCGCCUGUGAUUACACUUCAUAUCCCAUUUACCCAUUUGCCUUCAGGACCCAUACACACCACCUUGGUAAAGUUGUCACUGGCUACAGGAUCCGAGAUGGGAAGUGGAGUCUGAUUGGAAGACAGUCCCCUCAGCUACCACAGGCUUUUUAUCCUGCAAAUAAGGAGGUGAAUGUGAAGUAUGGUGACACCAUUGCUGCCAGAUGUGUGUUCACUGGUGAGGGAAGAACUUCCAAAACUUACAUUGGUGGCACCUCUGAUGAUGAAAUGUGCAACUUCUACAUAAUGUACUACAUGGACAGCAAACAUGCAAUCCCCUACAUGAACUGCAUGGAGACAGGCUCCAAAGAGUUGUUUCAACAUAUUCCAGCUGAGGCCAAUGUUCCCAUCACUGUCAGUCCAGGUUAUAUGAACUCUAUGAUGCAUAUGGAACACUCAACAGAUCAUCAAGAUAACAGAAAGCUGUUGGAUGCAAAAAAGGCAGAGCAGAUUCUGGAUCAGGGUGACCUCUAUUCUUUUAUGUCCAAGCUGCUAGGCCAGAGUAAGGACAUAGUUCACAUUCAUAAGUACAAACCCAGCAAGAUGCAGAGAGCCCAGGCUGAGUUGGUGGCUCAGAUUGAUAGUUUGAUGCAAAACAAAGACCUGAGCUCUCCCAGUGCCACACUAGCCUUCCAAACCAGGGAGGAUCCUAUUUUGGUGAGGGACAGAGUCCACAAAUUCCAUCAACUUGAGGCCACGGCCAAGCCCCCAAGAAGCAAGCUGCUAGCUGAAGGACAAGACUACCAUUUGGAGCAAAUGUCAACAUGGCCACAGAGUUCUCUUCAACUGGGUCAGGUGUCAGGACUUGCCAUCGACUCAGAUUCUAACUUGGUCAUUUUCCACAGAGGUGACCACCAUUGGGGGGCCAACUCUUUUAACAGCCAGGCUAGAUACCAGCAGAGGUCCCUGGGUCCUAUCCAGCAGUCCACUAUUUUGGUUGUGGACCCUGCCAUAGGCAACAUCCUGAAGGCUUCUGGCAGAAACAUGUUUUAUUUGCCUCAUGGAAUAACCAUAGACAAGGAGAAUAAUUACUGGGUCACUGAUGUGGCUCUUCAUCAGGUGUUAAAAGUGAGCAGCGAUGGCAGCGACAGAACCUUGCUGGCACUAGGAGAGGCUUUCACACCAGGAAGUGACAACAACCACUUCUGUCAGCCCACUGAUGUGGCUGUAGACCCUGAGACUGGGAACAUCUUUGUAUCUGAUGGCUACUGCAAUGCAAGGAUACUGAAGUUCUCUGCCGAUGGCAAAUACCUGUCUGAGUGGGGUGCAGGCUCAUCAGACAGGAGGAGGCGCAUACCUUUCCGGGUCCCCCACAGCCUGGUGUUCCUUCCUGACAGACAGGAAAUUUGUGUGGCUGACAGGGAGAAUGGACGUAUUCAGUGCUUUACAGCUGAAACUGGAGAAUUUGUUAAGGAAAUACAAAAAGAUGACUUCAGAGGGGAGGUAUUUGCCAUCACUUACAGCCCUGCUGAAGAUGGGUUGAUCUUUGCAGUAAAUGGGGAAUCUCCGUAUCGCUCUGCUCCACUCAGAGGUUUUGUCAUAAAUUAUUCAACCAAGGAUAUUUUGGAUACCUUCAGCCCAAAGAAGGAGGAGUUUAAAAUGCCUCACGACAUAGUCACAACCAAGGACGGCAGUGUCUUUGUUGCGGAUGUAGGCAGUAAAUCAGUCUUCAAGUUUACCACUGAGAAGCUACAUCGUUCUGUCAAAAAAGCUGGAAUUGAGGUUCAAGAACUUGAUGAAAUGGAGAUGUUCGUCCAAACUAAGGCCAGGCCAGAACACAACAUGUCGAAGACAGCAGCCAUCCAAGAGAAGCAAACUGUGGCUCAACAGACUCAACCACAGGAAGAGGCAAAAGAGGAGGAGAAGAAGAGUGCAGCAAAGCCAAACAGAGAGGAGGGCAUACUCCCAGCCAUCAUCACCACACUGCUGCUCAUCCCUCUGCUGGUGGUCAUCUCCAUAGGACUCUUUAUCUGCUGGAGGAGAAACAGUAUGUAUGACCAGUGUGAGGUGAAAACUGAACCCAGCUCUGUGGGAGGGAUCCUGGGAAAAGUAAGAGGUAAAGCAGUGGGAAGUCUGAAUCUGGGGAACUUCUUUGCGUCCCAUAAAGGUUACAGUCGUCAGGGCUUUGACCAGCUGAGUACUGAAGGCAGCGACCAAGAGAGGAACGACGAGGAUAGUAGUGACUCCGAGAAUGAGGAGUACUCCGCUCUGCCGCCUCCUCAGUCCACCUCUUAGAUGUUCUGGGGCCAGCCAUCAUCCUUCUGCUUACAUUGCCAAGAUGUAUGUUAUUCAUCAUGUGUGUAACUGUUGUGUUAGCUGCCAAUCUUAUUGUUUAUGUAUUUAAAUAUAUACUGUAUAGAAAAAUAAUUUGGCUUAUUUUAGAAAAUUGAUUUAAUCUAUUUAAUUUACCCGUGGGCUUGACACAGCCUUGGUGACACAAUUCACACAUACCAUCAUAAAAAUGUUUUUCCCCAAAUCAAACUAAUUUAAUUUUACUUUUAAUCAUGAAGUUUCCCUUGUCUCUGGGAUGUUUUUGAAAUGAGUAUCAGUAACGUCAAGAAAAUUCCACAAAACUCUUGAAAUAUGUUUUGGAAAAAUCUGAAAAAAAAAAAAAAAAACUCAUGGAAAUCUGCCAAACUUCACUGAUUGACUUUUUUAGAUGGGGAAUUUCUAUGCCUGAAAUGUGAUCAAGUAUUGUAUUUUUAUUUAUUUAUACUCAAAGUGACCUGUUUGAAAACCUUAACAGUUCUUGUUUUCAUGGCGGGACUAUGACCAGCACAAGCAGCAUUGUGACAGUUUGGUACUUUCCUGACUGUGACAUUGACUUUUCUACUGUAUGGAAAGUUUCUCCUACAGUUCAUUAAAUCUCUGCACAGACCUCAAGGCAGCAGGAGACAUGUUGAUAAAUCUGCAGUACCUGAUUGUGCCAUACCAGUACAUAGUGCCAUUACACAUGGCCAAUCACUAUGUUUACCUUACUUACAGGUUGCUACAAAAUGACCCCACUCAGCCCCCACAUCCAUCAGACUGCUCAUUUAUAUUUGGCUGUAUUGCCUGUUGUAUGAGGGAGAUGUCAGAUUACAGGGGCUCAUGAAUCCUGUGCAUCUACUCCUUUCCAUGCUUUUAGGAGAAUUGGCAUUUCAUAUGAUAUGAUGUGACCAUAGACAGACACAAAGCAUUUUUUCUGAUGUGUUUUUUAAAGUAGUUAACCCAGCUGUAAGAGCAGUGAUGUGUUUGGCUUGAAGUGUAUUUGUGAGUCACCACAUCUUCCAGUCCACAUUUACAUGAACCACAAUAGCAGGUGGAGACACUCACACACAUCUGUGCACCACUUUGUGCUGGUCUCUGUGCUUGCUCCUUUAAAACAAGAAAAAACUGUAAACUGCUGUUGUCACCUGUUUAGUGGUUGAAUGUUUAUUUUACUGUUAAGUGUUUUGAUUUUGUUGAGUCAGAACUGGACUUAAACACAGUGUUUUCCUGACAUUUCAAAAUCUGCUUAUAUAUCAAUUAAGCAGGAUCAGUUAUGGAGAUGUUGCAAUUUUAUUGUGAUUUUUAAAAAUGGUUUAAGAGCACUGAUAUACUGUUCAGUAUAUACAGCUUAGUUUUACUGGAAAAGUCCUCCAUCCAUAAAUUUCUUUCACAUAGUAAAGCUACACACAUAGCAUUAUUUCAACAGAAUAGUUUAGUCCAUGUUUCAGAUCAGUAACAUUUCACUUGUAAUUUUGUGCCUUUUCAUGUCUGUAUUUUGCCUUUCUUCAAGACCUGCCAUUACAAAAUGUAUCACAGGAUGAAAACAGCUGCUGCUAGUAGAGCUUGUAUUAUAUAGAUUUUUCUUCCAUUCAAGUGAACAGAAAAUAGAUAUUAAGAAAUAGAUAUAUCUAUAUUUAUGUGUGUGUAUGUGUGUGUGUGUGUGUGUGUGUGUGUGUACAUGUACACACUAUGCCAGUCAAACAUUGUUCAACAGCCAAAUCUGAAGCACUGUAGCUGUUAAUCCAUCAACCUUAUUAACUUCAGACAGCAUCCAGAAACAAGAAACCGCAAGAAGUGAGGAAUGUACGUCGUACACAGUGUAACCAUCAGCCUGUUUGCAAAUUUGUAGCUCCUAAAAAAUAUGUACCUGCUGUUUGAAUAGUCUGCACUGCAUCAAACUUUGCAGCAAACUUUGUUUAUUGAGAGCCAUUAUGCACAGGUCUAGCAGCUGUUGAAAAGUCAAUUUUCAAACUGGAAUCAUUAUUUAAUCUGCAGCUCAACAAAGUUAGCUCACAGGUUCACAGCAGCUGUAUUAUGUAGGACAAUACUGAUGCUGGAUUAGAUACAGUAUCAGGAGUUACACAGUAAUAAAAGGUCUAGGGUCAGGAUUUGGAUGAAAAUUCCAGUGCAUUUUUUUUUUUUCAUCUUAACCAUUAAUUAGGUAUCUGGAUCAGCAAAAUCAAGGCAGUAUUAAAUAAACUCCUAAUCAUUUCCAGGAAAGUCUGACAUUCCUCAGUUCAUGCUCACCUUUCUUGUACUGACUACUUAAAAUUGUAAUUAUUAAUUGAUCUCUUUUUAUUUUUAUGAACUACUACUUUAUGAGCAGAAUGUCUGAAAACUGAAACUAUGGUAGGAAAUAUGUCCACUCAAACCUACGUCACAGUUCAGAGGCUGUCAAAGUUAUUCAGUGAAAUCUGGUCACAACAGUUAAUAUCUAUUUGGUGAGAGGAAAAGUGUGUUGUUUGUCAAUUCCAUUCUAUAUUCUCAGGUUUCAAUUCAUUUGCUUCAUUUUUAAUUUCCUAUUUUUAAAUUCACCCUUUAUCCUCAGACCUUCUUUAAAGCCAAUUUGCCAUGUUUGAAUGAAUGAUUUCCUUAACAGCAUGCCAUAGAAAUUGCAUUCCUGAUGUUGCAGUCACAUGUUGGCUCUAUGAUAUUUAUUGUAACACACUGGUUUUGCUGCAAGAGUACUAUUUUAAGUAACUACGUUAUUUGUGUAAUAAAGUGUCUGCAAAGCAUCACA